GAUUCUGACUCAGGAGGACUCGGGAGUACCGCGUUGGGUCAUCUGAAGGAGCCAGCUGCUGUGCUAGUGUUUAGCGCGGCCUCUGUUGGAACAGCAGCCAUGGCGGACGCUGAGCUCAGCUCUCAGGCUGACCAGCUGUAUGAACAGAUGGAAUAUGCCAAAAUAGUGGAGAUACUCGAGCCAAAGAAGGAGUGUGACGACGUGGAGCUGCUGUGGCGUCUGGCCCGGGCCAUGUACGAGCAACACAAACGGCUCGGCUCGGACGCCGAGAAGCUGUCCUACCUCCAGCAGGGAAAGGUGACCGUGGAGCGUGCCAUGCAGCUCAACGACAAGCACCCCAACUGUCACAAGUGGAUGGCCAUCUACCUGAACGCCAUCACAAAGCUGCAGGGCUCGCGGGCGCAGAUCGAACAGGGCCAGGUCAUCAAGGGCCACAUGCUGAAGGCCUGCGAAUACGGUCCGUCCGACCCGACCAACUGGCACCUGAUCGGAAUGUGGGCGUUCACCGUGGCCGACAUCUCCUGGACCAUGCGCAAGCUGGCGCAGGUGAUAUUCGGCGAGCCGCCCAAGGCCACCUUCCAGGAGGCGCUCGAGUACUUCCUGAAGGCGGAGGAGGCCCAGCCGGGCUCCUAUAGUAUGAAUUUACUUAUGAUCGCCAAGUCGUAUCAGAAGCUGAAGGACAACGACAACGCGAUCGUGUACCUGAAAAAGACCCGGGAUUACCCAGUGAAGACUCUGGACGACCAACAGGCUCACAAAGAGGCGGUGGACUUGCUGAAAUACUUGGGAGUAAAGGACUGAGUCCGGGCCGUCGGCUGACGGUCUAACCAGCUCGCCGACAGAGAAGCUAGCCGUACUAUAUGAUAGAGGGGCACACGGACGCCACACUCGGGUGUGAAUGGACGGUGGGCAUCGCCGGAUAGUCACGUAUCAGCACCGUCUCGAAGCUGCCCUUGUAAACAAUUCAGCUGCCCUUGGAAGCGUAGGCCGCUUAUGCCCGAUCACCAAUUGAAUCCCGAUUAUGAAUGGGAGGUUUACUAUAUCGAUUUUGCUGCGGAAUGAGUGGAAGUGGAUAUCAUUCAAAUAUCACAAAUUUCCGAACUUUUCCAGUUGGGCCGUCUUUCAUCAACUUCAGACAGUCUGGAUCGCUUUGAGAUGUAUUUUGAAAGCGAUAAAAUGGUAGUGAUAAGCAAGCCAACAGCGACAUUUCAGACCGCACUGUGAUUACAAAGUGUUUGGUUGUUGCAAACUGGAUUAUGAGCGCUGUGUGCCAUUGAUAGUGCCGUGUUUAUUUGUAGCGUGUUUUUUUUUGUGCCAUUAUUGACGAAAGACAUUGGACUUAUACAUUUCAAUGUGCCUUGCGCCAACUACGUGAAGGACUUUGCUUUCUUUGAAGCACCCUGCUCAAUAUAUCAUGACAGAACAUUGAAUAA